AAUGAAAACCCCGCCUCCUGCUGCUGUUAUCAGAUUGCCUCCGGGAUAUCGGUUUCAACCUUCUGUGGAAGAGCUAAUCAAUGUGUUUCUUCGGAAGAAACUGAAUGGGGAGACUCUACCUCAUGAUACUGUGUUUGAGGUUGAUCUUUAUGGAGACAAAGAGCCUUGGAUGAUCUUCAACAAAGAUUUACAGCAAACUUUUUAUGUUUUUACACAUUUGAAGAACAUCAGUGGCUCGAGGAUCAAAAGAACUGCUGGUUGUGGGACUUGGGAGGGUCAAAAAACGGAUGGGGUUAGAGAUAGCAUGGGUCAGCUUAUUGGGUUCCAAAAAUUGUUGUCUUUUGAAGUUGCGGAAGCUCACAGUUCUAUAGCUAGAGGCAAUGGACGAUGGAUCAUGCACGAGUUUUCCAUUAGAAGGGAUGACAAGUAUGUGCUUUGUAGAGUUAGAAACAAAGAGUUGGAUAAAGCAAAACCAAUGGCAUCUCUUGAAGUUGACGAAUCGCAGGAGGUUCAUGCAAGAAAAUGCGGCCAAGGAGAUGAUGAUGAAAAUCAUUCAAGGAAAAGACUUCGGGAAGGUGAAUUUGGCGGCUCGAACCUAUGUUUUCCAGUGGUCGUCUGCCAAGGCACUGCGUAUCAAGGGUUUGAUUGUCGGCCACUCAGUCUACAGAGAGGAAACAAUCCACAGCAGUCACAGACUAACACCGAGAAUGUUUAUUAUGAUGAUGAUGUUUCCUGCAGGGGGGCUGAUGAAGGCACUGUCAAACAAGAAUUUGAUCGUCAAACGAUAGAGGGAGGAAACAAUGAUUUACAUACCAACACUAAUAAUGUUCAUGGAAGCAAUAAUUUACAACAUUCAAAUACCAACACUAGUAAUGUUCAUGAGGAAUCUGCGACUUUAGAAACUUGGUUGAAGGAACUUGAUACUGUUUUGGAUUCAUCAGAGACAUUAAAAACUAUUGAAUAG